CGCGGCGCCGCGGGGCCGUCCCGGAAGUGACGGCGUUGUUUUCCAGCGGCACUUCCCGGGGCCGCCAUGGACAUCCUGAAGCGCGAGAUCAGCAGGAAGCGGCAGCAGCUGGAGGAGAAGGAGCUCCUGGGGGGAAAUAAGAAGUAUUUCAAGCGCAGUGAGUUAGCUAAAAAGGAAGAGGAGGCCUACUUCCAGAGAUGUGGCUACAAGCCUGUAAAUGAGAAGCCACCUGGAGAGGUACAGCAGCAGGAAGAGGAGGAGAAACCACUGGCCGCAUCAAAUCCAGUGCUGGAACUGGAACUGGCAGAAGAAAAGUUGCCAAUGACCCUUUCCAGACAGGAGGUUAUCAGGAGGUUACGAGAGAGGGGUGAGCCCAUCAGGCUGUUUGGAGAAACAGAUUAUGAUGCAUUUCAGCGUCUGAGGAAGAUAGAAAUUCUUGCACCUGAAGUGAACAAGGGCUUGAGAAAUGACCUGAAGGCUGCUUUGGAUAAGAUUGAUCAGCAGUAUCUGAAUGAAAUUGUAGGCGGCCAAGAAGCAGGAGACGACGACUCCCAGAAUGACCUGAAAGUCCACGAGGAGAAUACCACUAUUGAAGAACUAGAAGCUUUGGGAGAAUCCUUAGGACGUGGUGAUGACCACUAUGAUAUGGACAUCAUAACAAAGUUCUUGAAGUUUCUCCUUGGAGUUUGGGCCAAGGAGCUGAACGCCAGGGAAGACUACGUGAAACGGGGAGUGCAGGGGAAGCUGAACAGCGCCACCCAGAAACAGACGGAGUCCUACCUGAGGCCACUCUUCAGAAAACUCCGGAAAAGGACACUUCCUGCAGACAUCAAAGAAUCAAUAACAGAUAUUAUUAAAUUCAUGUUGCAAAGAGAAUACGUGAAGGCCAACGAUGCCUAUCUCCAGAUGGCCAUCGGGAACGCUCCCUGGCCCAUCGGUGUCACCAUGGUCGGCAUCCACGCGAGAACGGGCCGGGAAAAGAUCUUCUCCAAGCACGUGGCCCAUGUCCUGAACGAUGAAACCCAGAGGAAGUACAUACAGGGGCUGAAGAGGCUCAUGACCAUUUGCCAGAAGCACUUCCCAACAGACCCAUCCAAGUGUGUGGAGUACAACGCUCUGUGAGGCUCUGCGGGGGCCAGGGAGUGACUCACAUUUUUGCCUCCAAGACCCAGAGAGGAUGGAAGAGGCAGAGCCUGUGCUUGGACACCGACAGGAACUUUGUGAAAAAGCAGAAAGCAGGAGAUUUUCUACAGCUUCCUUUUUACAAGCCCCGUUUAUUUAGGUUCAUUUUUAAAUCUGUGCUUUAUGUUGAACACAACCAGUAUACAGCAAAGGAGGUGGGUUUUGAAGAGGUUAAGACCAGGACAGUGACCAGGGGACAGUGCACGAGAGCCUUGCUUUUAUUUCAGUUUGUUAUUCAGACUGAACUGUUUCCCAUAUUUUAGAGCUUUAGUUGAGACUCAGCCCUGCAAGGAGCAUAUGUGGAGCUUUUUUUUUUUUUUUGGCUGCUUUUGCACUGGAGACUGAUGUGGGGAGAUGAUUAGAGGGAAGCAGUUGAAUCUGAAGCUUGGUUAUUUCUGUAAAUAUAAAGACUUUAUUGGCUAAUCUUUCAUGUGGUAUUUAUCAGGAAUAAAAAAAAAAAAGGUUUGUAUAUUUCUCA